ACAGAUUGAAACAAAAAUGAAAGAGAUGUUAGAAGAAAGAGAAACGACAAAGAAAGCGAGAAAAGCGGUGAGGGAGGAGGGGAUGGUAAGUUUGUUUUGGUCAUGAAAUCGAACGCAUCAAUAGCAAUGUUUUUCGCGUAAAUAUAUACAUACGUAUAUUUUACUCUCAGUUUUGUUUCUCUCUCUAGAAUUAGAAUUACUUGGUUGUUGAUUUUAUUACCAUUCCUCUCUGAUUCCUCUAUCCAAAACCACCAUUUUCCCAAUUCAAUCGAAACGGAGAUAAUAAUCGUCAUUAUCGCAUCAUCUUCAGGUCUUCUUUCUCGAAGAUCUGAGUUUAUAUAACAACAAUUGUCAUUACCUUUACAUCCGUAGAUAUAGAUUCAUUACACUAUGAGCGCUUCUAGAUUUAUUAAAUGUGUUACCGUCGGCGAUGGUGCUGUAGGCAAGACCUGUUUGUUGAUCUCUUAUACCAGUAACACCUUCCCCACGGAUUAUGUGCCAACAGUGUUCGAUAAUUUCAGUGCAAAUGUAGUUGUCAAUGGAGCAACUGUGAAUCUGGGCCUGUGGGAUACCGCUGGACAGGAAGAUUACAAUCGGUUAAGACCACUGAGUUACCGCGGGGCAGACGUUUUUAUAUUGGCAUUCUCUCUGAUUAGCAAAGCUAGCUAUGAAAAUGUUUCCAAAAAGUGGAUUCCGGAGUUAAAGCACUACGCCCCUGGUGUACCAAUAGUGCUUGUGGGAACAAAGCUCGAUCUACGGGAUGAUAAGCAGUUCUUUGUCGACCACCCUGGUGCUGUACCAAUAACUCAAGCUCAGGGAGAGGAGUUGAGGAAAACAAUAGCAGCACCUUCCUACAUUGAAUGUAGUUCAAAAACACAAGAGAAUGUAAAGGGUGUUUUCGAUGCUGCCAUUAAAGUUGUGCUCCAACCACCCAAGACGAAGAAAAAGAAGGGAAAAGCUCAAAAAGCCUGCUCUAUUUUGUGAAGACAGAUAGGUUCAGAAAGAUAGCUUUUACCCAUCUCCCUUUGAUACGUCUCCAUUAAAGUACUAGUGAUUGCCGUGAAGACAUGUUCUUGAGUGUGUACUGGUGCUGAUUCCUAUACUUUUUGCUUCUGAGUAACACUAGCGUAGUAGGCCACCUCAUUCUGCUGCUGGUUUUAAAUUUUGUUAAAGUCCUGAUAAAAUAGGUCUUCUUAGGAAAACAAUUUCAUUUGUUGCUUCACCUAGUACUUUAAAGGCUGUUUUUAGUGAUUUCUAAAUAGUUAACUCUGUUAAAUGCAUGUUGUUUUUCUAUGGAAUCUUUAAAUUUUUGCUUA